AUGAGAGCCGUCUUUUCCACAACCACCGCGGCUAGCCGAUACAACCGCGCGACUUGGCUUUCUUGUGCUCACUCGUGUCGCACACGUUCACCUGUUGAAACGCUCGCGCAAAGCAGCACGAUGCGUUGCUCCGACUUAGUGUCUACCGCGGGCCGCCUUCACCGUCACUUAGGGCUCCAGCUGAUUGUCGCACUGCUCUACCUGGCUUCCGUUGUAACCAGCGCUGCAGAAUAUUACGGAAAAUACUUAGGCCCUUUGAAGUCUUACCAUCAUGGUUUGGGUGGAGACGUGUAUGCUGUGGAUGCUAGAACAUUGCACAUCAGGAAUUUCGUUUAUGACGGCGAGGGACCAGCCGCAUAUUUUUACGGAUCCAACGGCAAACAACCCGGCGUCAACGGGUACAGGAUUCGUGACGAGAAAGCAUCAACCAACCCGCUGAAACGGUACAGGAAUGAACACUUGACAAUCACUCUGCCGGAGGGUUUGACACUGCACGACGUCAAGUGGUUUUACGUUUGGUGCGAAGACUUCUUGGUUAAUUUUGGUGACGUAAAAAUACCUCAAAAUCUGGAUUACCCGAAACCACAAAAAAUCGACAGCUUGUCUGGAAUUCAUGGAGUUUCUUCAGAAAACAUCGUCGUAGUUGAUGCACAGACAUUGCUAAUACCGGGAUUUUCAUAUGAUGGUGAAGCACCAGAUGCCAAGUUCUGGGUGGGCGCCGGCGACAAACCGACUCCGCAGGGCAUUAGGGUGGCGGACGAGAAUGGAAAAGAAGUGCCUUUGCGUCGGUACGAUCGCAAGACCAUCGUACUGACUUUACCGGGCGAUCUUACCAUAUUCGAUAUCGGUCACUUUGGAAUAUGGUGCGAGGCCUUCACGGUGGACUUUGGCCAUGUGUCCGUUCCGUCAGUUCUAAGCGUACCUCCAUCGCUGAAAAUGCUAGGCGUACUACCACAGUCAAAAUUAAACUGUGAAGUACUCCAUGAACCCUUAGGAUACGAAGUACGAUGGGCAAUAGCAGGUGACAGCAUUGUAGUUCAACUGGUCGCUAAGUUAGAAGACAACCAAUACAUGUCUUUCGGUAUAUCUGGCUCACCUACAUCAAAUCGCAUGGUUGGAGGUGACGUAGUUGUAGCCGGAGUAGAUCAAACCACAAUUAGUGGUUUUGCUCAAGAUUAUUACUUACUGGAUAAAUCACAGUGUAUUGUACAGCAAGAUACUGGACAAGUCAGUGGCAGUUGUCCCGAUUCAAAUAUUCAGGGACCGGCCGGUGAAAGUGUUCGUUUGUUGAAUGCGGCAAUAGUCAAUGGAUAUUCGAUAGUCACAUACCAGAGACCAUUAAAGUCAAAAGAUAAUCUUGACUUACCCAUAUUGACUAAUAACAGCCAGCCAAUAAUUUGGGCAGUCGGUCCUUUGAAUGACAAACACGAGGUUUCAUAUCAUCCGAUGUUCUCCAAAGAAACGAUAAAAAUUGAUUUUGGCCGUUUACCAGAAUGGAACUGCCCUAUACCAGAUACAGAUGCUAAAUCAGUUGCAGUUCAUAACGAAGUCACAACCGUACAAAGUACAACAGAUAUAACUACGACCAGCCAAAGUUCAUUAAAAGAGGUGACGCCUACUAAGAAAAUUCGACCUCGUCCGGUUCCCAAACCCGCCCCAGUAGAAAAAAACGUUGCAUGGGAUAUCCCAGCAAUUCAAUGUUAUGAACCAGACGAUGGUGUUUUCUACGCUCAAAUGGGUCCCACAGGAGGAAAACACGGUUAUUCUGCUAUUACAGGACACGUUGGAUGGGGAAUUUCAUGGUACAUAAACGGAUUACUCAUACCAGAAAUAAACGUUGUUAGAGGACAAACAUACACAUUUGUAGUUGAAGGAGGAUUAGACACAGAAAUACCAGCGAAAUACCAUCCAUUUUACAUCACUGAUGAUCCUGUUGGUGGAUAUGGCUACAAAACACCCCAAGAAAGAGAUAACAUUCGAAUAUUUGCUGGUGUUAGCGUUAGCAAAUCAGGAGAAGUAAUCCCAACUGGUACUGGUCGUUUGUGCAAUUGGACUCCAGAUCCACAACAGCCUUCUGCUGAUGAAUUUGUUUCCUUUGGUGCUUAUCAAAGAACUCUGAGCCUGGCAUGUGAUAACGGAGAUCCCGGAAUAGUACAAUGGACUCCAGAUGCAGAUACACCAGACACAGUUUACUACCAGUGUUUCACGCAUCGUCACUUGGGUUGGAAAAUUAACGUAUUGGAUGCAUGUGAUAAAGAACAGCCUAGCUCUGAGCCUGCGGCGCCUCUUUCGGAAGAUUUACAGUCUAGGGGUAGUAUUCAGUACACAACGAGAGUGAAACCAGACGUGGAAAAUAAACAGUUUUAUAACAGCAACGAACCUUUAAGAAAUUACAUCGACCUACAGUCAGAUCACAAAGGGCAUAAUAUGCCAUUAAUUCCCACCGCAUUGGAAGAAAACCUUAAAUCCGAUUUUUAUAAGUCUUCAACUAAUCGAGAUCAAUUUGUUUACAAUAACUACAAAUUCCCGACAGCCGCGUCACAACAAAACACUCUAUACACAUAUCCAAACUCAAAUUAUACAUAUGGGAACGUGCCGUUUUAUAUGCCGAAAGCUCACUACGGCAGUCCGCAACCUGUGACGUCUUCUACUUAUAAUUACAUGUUACCGGCAUACAAUAUUAACAAUAAUAACUAUAGACCCAUAAGACAACCGGUCAUUACACAUUUCCAAGCGCAACCCAAUAUUCUCUCAGACCAUCGUCCCGCACAAAUGGUGUUCACCCCUCAGCAGCCGGUCGCUGUAAAACACGGUUACCGGGUAUCGGGUAAGAGAUUACCACCAAAUGGGCCCAUGCCGAACGGUGCUCAUCACUCUGUCGUGUACAAGAAACCAGUUUACAAGUUUAACACACAAUCACCAUUACCUUUGGUAAGCCACUACAGUCCUGUGCCCCCCGUUUCUCAGCCAAUGCUCUCAGCCUACCCCGGCAAUUUCCAACAGCAACAUCAACCGCUCAUCCAGCAACAGCAGCAACCACUCACCCAGCCACAGCUUCAGCAGCCUAUGUUCCAUCAGCAGCAGAAACCUAUGUUCUAUCAGCAACAGCAACAGCAACCCAGCACUUCGAUGUCACAGUCCGUUUCGGUUUCGUAUUCUUCGUCCAAACACCCGAAAUCUCAACAGAUGACUGGCUACGUACCAAUCCAGAGCAGACAAGAAACCGAUGUACAACAAAACCAAUUACAAGGCGGUUUCAACCCAAGCACCGUGGUAGUCGAGGGCGGUUUUAAGCCAAUCUUACCAGGCGGCAGUGGUAUUAUUGAAGACAGGUCUGACAAAGAAAUCAGUGGUACUGCGGGCGAUUUUGAUGAAACUGUGACGGUCAGGCAUUACGAGAAGAAAAUGAGCAAAAAACUAAUAUCUAGAAAACCCACAAUCAAGCACGUAGACGCCAUAACAAAAGAAGACACUACCACCACCAAUAAGGAACCACAAAGUACGACCGUCACUACCACCGAAAACGUAGCAUACGUAAACAAAGUGAAUACGGAAAACACCACGGAAUUGAAUCAAACCACCGGAAUACUUGUUUUAUAA